ACUCUAAUCCACUCAUUCUCCCUCAGUUCCUCCCCCGCAGCCGCCACGCACUCAGGCGACGGCGAGGUCCUUUGCGGUGAUGGUGGGCAGCAUCCCGUCGUCGCUGUCGAGCUCUCGCGGCGGUGCGGCGUAGGCGAGCAGCGGAUGAGGGCGAGCAAUCGCGCGGCAGUGGCAGGCAGGCAUCUCCCUCCACAUCUGCUUGAUUUCAGCAGCGGUGCAGCACCGUUCCCCAAUGUCCCGACGCCACCUCGCCGCCGCCUUCGCCGCAGCGCUCUUCCUCCUCUGCGCCGCCGACCCCGACGACGAGCGGUGCCUGUCCCACCUCCACCAGUCCCUCUCCGACCCCGCCGGCGGCCUCCGCAACUGGACCAAGGCGUCCUUCUCGGCGCCGUGCGACGGCUUCUUCUCGCACCUCCAGGGCGUCACCUGCAACAACGGCCGCGUCUACAAGCUAGCGCUCCCGGGGCUCUCCCUCGGCGGCACCAUCCCGCCGGAGCUCUCCAACUGCACCAACCUCCAGUCGCUGGACCUCUCCGCCAACGCGCUGUCCGGAGCCAUCCCGCCGGAGCUCUCGGCGCUGCUGAACCUCGCCGUGCUCAACCUCUCCGCCAACGCGCUCUCCGGCGCCAUCCCGCGGGAGCUCGCCAGCUGCGCCUACCUCAACAUCAUAGAUCUCCACGGCAACCAGCUGUCCGGGCCCAUCCCCGACGAGCUCGGCCUCCUCGUCCGCCUCUCCACCUUGGAUGUCUCCUACAACCGCCUCUCGGGCCCCAUCCCUGCGCUCCUCGCCAACCGCACCGGUUCUGUUGGGUUCAAUGCCAGCUCCUUCGUGGGGAACAAGAACCUGUACGGCUACCCGCUGCCGCCGAUGCGGACGCGGGGCCUCUCCGUGCUCGCCAUCGUCGGCAUCGGCCUUGGCAGCGGGCUGCUCAGCCUCGUGCUCAGCUUCUCCGCCGUCUGCCUGUGGCUCCGCGCCACGGACCGCACCGCCACCACCCCCGGAGAAGAGGGCAAGAUCUCCCAGCUCAUGCCGGACUACUGAAUCCAUCAAAGGCCUCGCAAUUGAAAGAUGAAUUUUCAUUCAUCUUGGCUUGCAACAAAGAUUCCAUCUUGUAUACAUUUCAGUUAGAUUCAUUCCUCAAGGGCCGAAGCCAAAAUUGGAUCCUGGAACUGGAUCAGAGCAGAGCAGACAUCUUCUUGGUGCAGUCAGGGUGUGUCAGUAGUGGAUCUAGUGUAAUUGGUGACCGGAAUUGCUGUAAUUUUUAAUAACUGAUGAUUUUUUUUUUCACUUGGACUUGGACUGUUUGGCAGAUGGACAGUACGUGCGUGUGGUAGGCAACUGAUUGUGACAUUGGACUUAUGUUUAUACUGAGGAAUAUUUUAUUUUUCUGCAGACAACUGGUUUCUC